AUGGCUCUCGAGGGGUUGGUUUUCCAACACAACUAUGAUGGGAAAGAAGCCUACUCUAACAUAUACACAGAUGAUGAACCACCCUUUUAUGAUCUCCAAGCCUCUCUCAGUUUUUUCGACGACAAAACCGUAAACUACGACUCUACUUUUCUCCAUGAAGGUAACAAUGGGAAUGCUAAUACAUUCCUUCAUAAAUCACCACCUCAUGAAUUUGACACUGAUAAAGAGAAAACAACCCCGAGCCAUGAUAUGAGUUCCCAGCAAGACAUGGAAAUGAAUCAGGUAACACGGCGCAGAACAAGGGUGAAGAAAAAUAAAGAUGACAUCAAUAAUCAACGUAUGACUCACAUUGCAGUGGAGCGUAACCGGAGAAAACGGAUGAAUGAGUACCUCUCUGUUCUCCGCUCUCUCAUGCCUGAUUCAUAUGUUCAAAGGUGUGACCAAGCAUCAAUUGUAGGAGGUGCAAUAAACUUCAUCAGAGAACUCGAACACCAUCUUCACCUCCAAAACAUCAAUGCCGAGCCAAACGGAAAACCUUUUUCAGGAAGCAAUAUCUCAUCCGCCACACCUUUCUCCGACACCUUCAAACUUCCCCAGUUCUCAAUGGGUUCUUCCUCUGUGGGAAGGAAUGUGGCUAACGAUUUGGCUGAUAUCGAAGUAAGCCUCGUCGAGAGCCAUGCAAGUCUCAAGAUCAGAACAAGAAGGAGACCGAAGGUUCUUCCCAACAUUGUCUCUGGUUUACAGAGCUUAGGGUUUAUCAUUCUACACCUUAAUGUCUCCACUGUUUCAGACUUUGUCCUCUUCUGUUUCUCCACUAAGAUGGAAGAUUAUUGUAAGCGUACCUCUGUCGCUGAUAUUGCUACCUCAGUGUAUGAAAUGCUGAUGAUUCAUCAAGAGAAUCAUGAUGAUGUUCAACAGUAA